UCGACCCAUGCGAAAAUCUUCUAUUUAUAAAUGUUGACAAAUUUGAUCGCACUUUACUACUUUCCUCCAACAAUUUAGGAAUCAAACAACAUUUCAGUUUGUUUGAAAUGUUUGAUGUCACGAUAAAUGUGAAGUACAUUUCACCGAGCCGCAUCUUUAUACUGGACAUGGAAGUGAGCGUUUGUUUGCAGACAGGCAGAUGUGACAUGAAUAAGUUAUUAGAUGGAACAAGAAUUACUGUUCCUAUCUGCAACUUCACAACAGGCUUUAAUAUAGAAGACUUUUCACUUAACAAUUGGACGUCAUCCAAUGGAAUAUCCGACCUUUUAGAAAUGAGUCAAUUACAAGUGGAUGGUCUCUUCGAAGAUCUUGGUAUUGCUCGUUUUUAUCAAGGUUGUACAUCUGCAAGCGGACACGACACAGACAAAUGCGAUUCAGGCUUGUUGAUAUCUACAAACGGCGUCAACUGUUAUUUCGAAGUCUCCUGUACUAAUGUCACAUGUUGUGUAGAUCUUCCAGCUUUAAACACGUCGAUUAUAAUAAACCUUGACAUACUUCCGUGUGAAUUAAAAGCAAUACUUACAGUAGGAAAAUUCCAGAGACGAAUCUCUCUUGUAAAUAUGGAAGAUGUGAAAUCACUUAUGUUGUCCUUAGGAGGAUUUGUGAAAAGCAGAGUCAAUAUCCGGGAUUUAUCACACGAGCAGUCAUAUCUGGUAGACUUUUCUAUUGAUGUUUGCACCGAAUCCAACAAACCGUGCAUCUCUUCAAUCAAAGUUUUUGAAAAUGCAAUACUACCAAAGGCAACCUGCAACUGGUCAGGAGAUGAUUAUAACAAUAGUAAGUUGCUGAUAACCAACAAUCAAUAA